AAAUGGGAUGAAAAAAUUGCUUCCAAGUGUGAGGAAUGCAAUGGUUCUGGUGGGAGGUGUGGGUACAAUAAGAGCUUGAAUCAGUUCACUUGUUAUUGUCAAGAUCAUACCGAUCCAUCAACAUGUUUUCUAUCAGGGUCAUCUAAAGGCACCAGUUUGAGGAUUAAACUAAUCAUAGGGUUUGCAGUGGUUGGGGCUACUGCUAUGGUGGUUUGUCUUAUGGUGUUUGCCUUGAGGCUUAAGAAAGGAUCGUUGUCAAGUGGAAUGCUAAUGAAUUUACAGCAAAAGCAAAGGAAAAACAGUGAAAGGAUCAAGGCUUUCAUCGUGAGAUACGGUUCGGAUCUUGCUCCGAAGCGAUAUUCUUAUACGGACAUCAAGAAAAUCACCAAGUCAUUCAAAGACAAGCUCGGCGAAGGCGGAUUCGGCACUGUCUAUAGAGGUAAGUUGCCCGACGGUCGUCUCGUUGCUGUCAAAGUCCUGAGUGAGUCGAGGGGGGAUGGAGAGGAAUUCAUUAAUGAAGUUGCGAGUAUUAGUCGAACUUCUCAUGUCAAUGUAGUGACGUUUCUUGGAUUCUGCUACGAGAGUUCGAUCAGAGCUUUAUUGUAUGAAUUCAUGCCGAAUGGAUCAUUGGAUAAGUUCAUCUAUCACCAUGGAUCCAGGGAUCAUCAACUUCGUGUGCUAGACCGGAAAACAUUGUUUGAAAUCGCGGUCGGGAUCGCUAGAGGACUAGAAUAUCUCCAUCAAGGAUGUAACACAAGAAUUUUGCACCUGGACAUAAAACCUCAUAACGUCCUCCUAGACGAUGACUUUCUUCCCAAGAUUUCCGAUUUCGGUCUCACAAAGUCAUGCGAGCGGAAACAAAGCGUUCUUUCGUCGAUAACCGCCCGGGGAACUAUAGGAUACAUCGCCCCGGAAUUAUUCUGUCGAAACUUCGGGGGAGUUUCGUACAAAUCCGAUGUCUAUAGCCACGGGAUGAUGGUGCUCGAAAUGGUUGGAGCAAAGGAAAACGUUCACGUCGGAGGGUCGAUAACAAGCGAAACGAACUUCCCUACAUGGAUUUACGAGCAUCUCCAUCAAGAAGCAUUAAAUCUUGAAGGAAUCACAGUUGAAGAUGAAGAAACAACUAAGAAGAUGAUUAUAGUGAGUUUAUGGUGCAUUCAAACGAAUCCGUCUGACCGACCAUCAAUGACGAAAGUGCUAGAGAUGUUACAAGGAACCCUUCAAUCUUUACCGAUUCCACCGAGACCGUUCUUGUUUUCUCCUCCACGAUCGCCCGGAAAUUCCUCAUCGGCAGUAUCAUUUUAUACCAGCUACUGCCACUAAGAUUCUAACAGACUAACACAGUGUGUUUCUUGUUAAUUAUUUAAAAAAAAUAGUAUCUUUUACCUUGAACAUAAUUUUUCAUCACAUUUUGAUAGGGUAUAGGGCUCAUGAUAAAUUUUGC